AUGAAAAUAAAUGAAAUUUUAAAUGUUCUAACAACAGUUUUAGUUCUAUGUUCUGAUGAUCCAUAAACAGGCUACUUUAGAGACGGUUACUGUAAAACUAACGAAUAAGACUAAGGGCUUAAAUAAGGAGAUAAAUGGUGUAUUUGUGUCGAAAGAUGGAAAGAAGCUUUAUAUGCUGGUAAAGCUCCUUAAUUAAACUUAAAUGCUUCAAAUAUAAAAGCUCUUAAUUAUGUUAAUAAAAAUGAUAUAAUUAAAUAUGAUUUUAAAAAAAAUUGA